GUCAGCAGCAGAGAGAGGGUGAGCAGCCUGUGCUGCUGCUGCUGCUGCUGCUGCUGCUGCUGGGAAGGGAGAGCCGGCAUCAGGACCACAGAGAAAAGUUUGUAAGGACAUAAAAAGUUUCUCCUUACGCCCGGCAGUGGCCUCCAGCUCCAUGGCUGGUGGAUGGGACUGAACGCAGGGGACCUGGGCAGGGCAGACCCUUCUCUCGGACCUGGAUGGUUGUGCCAGCAGGCAGGGGGUAAUCAGAGGACCAUGUCGAUGCUCCCGACUUUUGGCUUUACCCAGGAGCAAGUGGCCUGCGUGUGCGAGGUGCUCCAGCAAGGGGGCAACAUAGAGCGGCUGGGGCGCUUCCUUUGGUCCCUGCCGGCCUGCGAGCAUCUGCACAAGAACGAGAGCGUGCUGAAAGCCAAGGCGGUGGUGGCCUUCCACCGGGGCAACUUCCGGGAGCUCUACAAGAUCCUGGAGAGCCACCAGUUCUCCCCGCACAACCACCCCAAGCUGCAGCAGCUCUGGCUCAAGGCGCACUACAUCGAGGCGGAGAAGCUGCGGGGGCGCCCCCUGGGGGCGGUGGGCAAGUACCGGGUGCGCAGAAAGUUCCCCCUGCCCAGGUCUAUCUGGGACGGGGAAGAGACUAGUUACUGCUUCAAGGAAAAGAGCCGGAGCGUCCUGCGGGAGUGGUAUGCCCACAACCCGUACCCCUCUCCCCGGGAAAAGAGGGAGCUGGCCGAGGCCACCGGGCUCACUACCACCCAGGUCAGCAACUGGUUCAAGAACAGGAGGCAGAGGGACCGGGCAGCCGAGGCCAAAGAAAGGUACGAGGAGAAUAACGAAAACUCAAAUUCCAACAGUCACAACACGUUGUCGUCUUCAAUGAACGGAGGUAAAACGGUCCUUGGAAGCUCAGAUGACGACAAAACUCCCUCCGGCACCCCUGACCACAGCUCGUCCAGUCCAGCCUUACUGCUCACCUCUAACCCGGGCCUUCAGGCUCUCCAUGGUAUGGGCCACCCGCAGGGCCCCAGCGCCAUCCCUGUGGCAGGAGCGGACCCCAUGCACCAUCACACUUUGCAGGACUCAAUCCUCAACCCAAUGUCAUCUAACCUGGUGGACUUGGGAUCUUAAUCAAUUUACCAGCAGCAUAAACAGUCCAUCCACCAGUGCUGGGACAAUAUGUGGAUACUGACUGCAUCAGUCUGCCCAUGACUGGGCAAGGGCUCCAUGGAUGAACCUUAUGCUGCCCUGGGUACCAGGUGCCCUCCAGAGAUAUCUCAUCACCUGUCUAAGCUUCCAACAUUAAAUUAUGAUUCAACCCUAUACAUUAUGAGCCCCUCCUGCAUUUUACAUGGGAGCUCGUUGCUUAUAACCCGGUAUGUGUACAGAGCGCCUAUAUCUGUAAACGCUUUUAUAUCUGCCAAGGAUCUACAAACCGGUUUACAGGAACAGAACUGAAAGAUGGACCUCUCUGUUUACCAGUGUCUCUCCUCCGUGGACAUUCUAAUAUAUAUAUAUAUAUAUAUAUAUAUAUAUAUAUAUAUUCAGAAGUCCGAUGUACUAUAUAUAUUCAGAAGUCCGAUGUACGAAGCAAGGUCACACAGUUCAGGGUAUGUAAUCAGAUCUUGUCCUAGCCUAGGAACUGCUCAUCCUAAUCUAAGCACUUUUCAGUAACCUCCAAAUUACCUAUUUGCCCCUAAAGAGUUUUGGAUCAUGUCCGAUUACUUUUUUUUUGUUCUUUGUUUAUAUAUUAUGUGAAUAAAAUAAUUCGAAAAUA